CCGCCCUAAUUUUCCCUGAAUAGAAGGCUUCCCAGUUUUCUCUCUUUUUUUUUUUCGCUGGAUUUGGCAUUUUUCUUUGCUCCCCAUAAUCUCCUCUGGCGCUCGGCCUCAUCGUGAUCCCUUUCUCCUCUUUGAGGCGCUGGAGCCUACCCUAGGGAAUAUUUUGUGUUUCUCGAUCAAUCCAUCAAUCGCUCGAUCGCUCGCUCGCGGCGCGCUCUAGAGUCUUCUAGCGUCUUCUUUGCUCCGCUCUUCCAGUUCCAGCGGUCGCGUCGCGCCGGGCCGCGCGGCCUGUUCUUGGAUCUUCAAAGAAGAUUAUUAUGAUUCCUUGCAACGGCAACAGCAGCAGCAGCGGCGGCGGUGGCAACGGCAGCGAGGUGGAGGAAAGAUCGUCUUCGCAGGAAUCCCAGGGGGCGGUAGCGGCGGCGGGGAAUGUAGGAGGCGAGGGCGCGGAGGCGGCGGCGGCGAUCAGCUGUUUGGAGCUGGAUGCAUGGAUUAGGGACGACGAUGGCGCUAUUGACUGUAUGAUGAUGCUGCCCGAGGUGCCGCUCGACGGGGAUUCCACCAGCCCAGAGGAUUCCGGCAUGCACACCCAAGAUUGCUGCGAGCAAUUCGAGCACAAGCAGCACGAGGACGAGAUGAUCUUCUGUCGAUCCAGUUCCAGCUGCUCAUCGACCUUUCCGGAUUCCUGCGCCAAUCAAGAAACGCUCGAGCUUAGUAUCCCCGACGAUUUCUUCGGCGAUAGGCAGCAGCAGCACGACGAGGAGCGGCAGCGGCAGGCCGAGCAGCAGCUCCUCCCGCCGCUCACCGAGGCCAGAUCCGGCCACCAGUUUGCUCCUGAUCUCCGGAAGAUCAUCGUGAAGAAGCCGGUCAUGGACAAGGCGGUGGAGCGCCUGGGCGGCGGGCGGCGGGGAGCUAUGAGACUGUGGAACAUCAUCCAGGUGUGGUUGAAGCAUCAGCAGCAGCAGGGCGGUGGUGGAUCGAUGGAUGGUUUCUCGCUGCCGUUCGAGAAUUUCGGUGGCUUCAUGGACGUGCCCGUCCACAACCAGCAGCAGCAGCAGCAGCAGCAGCAGCAGCAUUUCCAGCACCCGGGAUUUCCAGUGGCUGGUGGAUUUGGUGGCGAGGCCGCCUCGACUGGUGGUGGUGGUGGUGGCCAGUUCUACGGGGACCCCAACGUUGUCCCCGGCCAGCACUUCUCCUCGGCGUAUCCGGAUGCUACCACCACCGCCGCGGACGUUGCUACUCCGCGAUCAAUGGCGACGGCUCCGAUCGCCAACUCGGCGUCCGCGGCGGCCACCACUCGGGCGGCUCGAAAGAGUAGAAUGGCUCGCCAGCGCCGCCACAAAGGUGGGUUUGGGGGCACUAGCCUUUCGCAUUCGCCGGUGGCCACCAGCGCUGGAGCUUGGUCCUCGGCCUCCACGGCGGGAUUUUUAGCCACCACGGCGACGGCGGCGACGAUCACCACGACCACCACUUCGAAUUCGUCACUAUCUUUGGCAACGACUCAUGGGGCUCUGGGAGCUCGUGAGCAGCAUCAACAUCAAUUCGGUACUUGUCGCGAUGGGAUCAAGGCACGAAUGAGUUGCGAUAAGAGCGUCAAGUUCUUGCUGCAAAAGGAGCUCAAGCCCAGCGAUGUGGGGAAUUUGGGACGGAUCGUCUUGCCAAAGAAGGAAGCCGAGAUCCAUUUGCCGUAUUUAAGCUUGAGGGAAGGCAUCAUGCUGGCGAUGGAGGAUGUACUGACAGCCCAGACGUGGCACUUUCGCUACAGAUUUUGGCCUAACAACAAGAGUCGCAUGUAUCUUCUGGAGGGCACAGGUGACUACGUCAAGUCGCAUCUGCUCAAAGAGGGCGACUUGAUACAAAUAUAUCGAGACGCAAAGACUGGAAAACAUAUCAUCUGUGCGAAGAAGUUCGCUGCCAGGCCAGUGACACCAGCGGCAGAGACAACCACGACCACCACGUCGAGCAAGCUCGAAGAUGACUGCCUGAGCGGGGCUUCCACCGUCUCGGACUCCUCCAAGGACGCUCCUCCGGUCGAGCAGCAGCGUCCUGGAUCGAGAGCUUGCGUGAAGAAGAGGAAGGUGACGAAGCCUACAGUCAGUGUGGGAGCUCCAGUGGCAGCAAACAGUGGCGGUGGUGGUGGUGUCGGUGGUGUCGGUGGUGGUGAUGAGAUUGAGAGGUUCCCAAGCAUUGAGAUGGAGGAUGAGUUUAUCGACGAGAUCUUGGGAAUGGUAGAUGCGGAAGAACCGAGUAGUCCCGAGAGCUGCAAGGAAGACGACUAAACAGGCUACAAGAACAGGAAACCAUAGAAAACCAUAGAAAACAAUGCAAGAAGAAACAAAUGUCCAAUUUUGCAUAUAAAAAGAGGCAGUAAACUGCAAAAACUUUUGUAUAGAAA